ACGUUAGCGGAUGUUGGUAUUGCAUUGUGGGAUACGCUGACAAUGUUGUAGUAGUCAGAAAGCGAACGAAACGAUAGAACUGUAUCGCUUGCUUCGUUUAUUUUUCGCUCGGUCCCGUUUAAAUAAAGAAAAAUAAAUUCGCGAUAAAAGAAAAUAAAAGCAGAAUAAAAUGAAAGAAGAGUCACUGCACCCUGCAAAAUGAAAGGGUUUUUAAAUAAAUAUAAAGGGGCGGUUAAUAAAAGAACAAAACAACAAGACUGUGACAUCGUCCAAUAAUCAUAGAAAAGAAAUGGCAAUGAAUAUGAAUGGGAUGUCCCGACAUAAUCCCAACCCACUCCCAUCAUCCAGUUCUACCCUUCCUCCAGACUUUGACAAAAAGAGAAGAAACUACAGAUUAUUGGCUGAUCCUAUGAUAGACAGUAGCAAAGAGAAAUUGUACCGGUUUGAUGGUAUAAAUCCGCAUGAUGGACGAACAAUCGACACAAGAGACCCCAGACCAAGAUAUCAAAGAAUCUGUUACAGAAGACAACCUGCUGACUUACCUGUACCUAGAUGGAAGUAUGACCAAUAUUAUGUAGGUACACCCCCAGCCAAAGAAGUUACGUUUAGCAACCUUAACGAUAAUAUCAACAGAGACUUUCUGGAGAACAUGGUUAAAGGGUUUGGAAGGAUUGAGGACAUAAAGAUUUACUAUCAUCCAAGAAACAGGAAACAUAUGGGCAUUGGAAAAGUGGUAUUUUCCCAGUCUAAAUGUGCAAGGGCUUGCGUAGAAAAACUGCAUCGUACAUCCAAGAUGGGGAACAUAAUGAAUGUUUUGUUGGACACCAUGGGCAAAGAAAGACAAAAGUUGAUAGAUGAGAAAUUGUCAGACAGACCGCGCAUAGAAUUAGAUCCAUCGGCCAUGCCCUCAUUUGCUUCUCGUUCAAGCAGUGUUGAUACAUUAGAGAGGUUUGAUUACAUUGAGCCAGAAAGUGAGAAAAAAGCAUUCUUGAAAAAGCGUCUCAGAGAUCAAGAUCAGCUAAAUGAAAGUUCUGCGACACAACCUGACACUCCAGGCACAUCUCAUUCUUCCGAGCUUGGAUUUAAUAGUGCAAUGCCAUUUAAUCAAAAUAACUUUCCACCUGGUCCACCGCCUUUUGACCCUCACCAUCCUAUGUAUAUGCCUCAUGGCAACGAGCCUCUCCCACCUUACACACCAGAUUAUGGCUACACUCCUGCAACACCCCUUCCCCCAUAUCAUAAUCAGGGCUUGCCACCACAUCCACAGACCCCCAGUCACCAUGGUCCCCCACCACUUACACCCCAUCAUCCACUAUUCAAUGACAACUUUGGUCCACCAAUGCCUCAUGGACCUGGGCACAUGCCCUUUGACAUGCAGUCGCCGUUUCAUCACGACAUGCCCAAUAAUAUGCCUGGACCUGGACCUCCCCCGCCUAUGUUUGAUCAUUCAGGUCCUGGAAAUAGAAUGGAUGAACGGGAUUGGCGCCGACGCCCAGGGCUGGAUACACCAGCUUCAAUGUCAACUCCUUCAUCGCAUGCCACUCCAAGUCCUGUUCCUCAUAAUAAUAUGCCUCCUAGAUUUAGGGAUCCCAGGUCAGAAAAACCGCCACCUCUUGAAAUGCCUCGAGAGAUACCCAUGGAGAAUGUGGCACCCCAAGAAGAUACCCCUGAAGCUGAUGUUGACGAAGAGCCGCGUUUCAUGAGUUUGGAAUCCAGAAUUCAGAGUUUGCUUCAAGGGGGCUCUGAAGCCGAAGAUAAAGAUGAUGGAAAGUCUAUGGUGGAAGUUCCUGAGCCUGCUCUUCCUCCACCACCAGUUUCUAUGUCAGCACCAAUGCCUCUCCCUCAUAUUCCUCCACAAGAUAUGAUGCCACCAUGGGAUCCAAAUGGAAUGCACAUGCAUAUGCCACCUAUGGGGCCACCUAUGGGACAUAUGCCACCUCAUCAUCAUUUGCCUCCACCACCUCAUCACCCGCCACUUAUGCAGCCUUUACCACCAGGUGUGCCACCAGGCUUACCUCCUCCUCACAUGGGACCUCCACCACAUAAUAUGGACCUUUGGCAAGGAAAUGGGGUUCCUCCUCAUCCAAACAUGGGUUGGGCUCCACCACCCAUGGAUGGACCUCCGCCCCAUCAACUUUUUGAGCCCCCCAGGCCUCAGAACAUUCGUGGUGGUCCCCCUCCGAAAGGAAGAGGCAAAAACAAGAAGAAAAACCGCAACAAAGGUGGAAAAUUUGGCAACAACAACCCAUCAUUUCAGCCCCCUGAGAGUAUUUGUCGCCUGCCUCUGUCAGAAAACAAACGUGACAAUCGCAAGAAAGUUGCUUCACCUCCAGCAGAAAGCGUACCGGCUGCCAAGAUGAACCUUGAUUUUAAAUCUCCUUUCUCGGAGGACCCUCAGCAGUCCCCUUCAAAUGGCCAGGACAAAGUGGAUAUAGAGGAUGACAGGAUGAGCUUAGACUCUGUGAGCAGCGGGGAGGAGCGGUUGGAGGUGAAUCCUGUAAACAGUUCCCACCCGGCUUUCAACAACGACUGGUUGGGCAAUCCCUGUGACAAUUUUAUGGGAUUCAACCCCGACUAUGAUCCAGAGGCAGAUUAUGUGACCCAUAUGUUCAAUACUGUUCUGAAUGAGUUUGUGAAAGAGUUGAAAAGUAUUAUGCAGAGGGACUUGUGCAAAAAGAUGGUGGAGACAUCUGCGUUUAAAUAUUUUGAGAAUUGGUGGGACCAGCAGGAGGAAAAACACAAGGUUCCUAUCAAACUGCCAAAUGUUGAGGAGAAGAAAGACAAACCCACAGCUGCACUUCCUCCAGCUGCACCUGCUAUCACUUCAGCAUUAGCAGGUCUGUUUGAAGCAAGGCAUCCCUGGGCUAAAGAGGGUGGACUUGAGUCUGGCCUGGGAUUCAAUCGAUAUAGCUCAGGAGGAUUACUAGGCAUCCGUUCAGGCUUUUCAAAACUGCCAUCUUUUAAGAAAAAAGCCCCAGAACCAGCUCCAUUAGAAGAGGAGGACGAAGAUACUCAAGACAAAUUCAAAGAAAAGAAAGAGAUUAGUGAAAAGAAGACUCUGUCUGAUGAUGAAGAUGAGGAUGAUGAUGAUGAAUCAGAUCUUGAGGAGACUCCAAAAGCCCUUGGCAAGAAACCCCAAAGGAAGAUUUACAGUUCUGAUGAGGAUUCAGAUGAGGAAAAGGCUGACAUCGAUGAGGAGAAAGAGGAAAGUGAUGAUGAAGAAGAAGAAGAUAGUGCAGUGGGCAGCAGUGAUGAAGAAAGUGAUGAUGAGGAGGAAGAAAGCGAAGCCUCAGAGGAAGAAAUGUCCACUGAAGAUGAGGAGACAAAGAAAGAAGCAGCCUCUAAAAGUGAGGAGAAGGAAGAGCUGUCUUCGCUGUCGUCUCUGUCAUCAGAUGAUGAAGAGGAAGAGACAAAAUCAUCCCCCAAGAAAGUGUCAGAUGAAGACGAGGAAGAAGAAGAGGAGGAGUCUGGAGAAAUCAGGUCAGAGGAUGAGGAGAAAGAAGAUUCUUCUAGUGAAGACAUCAAGGUGAAUACCUCAAACACAAGUCUUUCUCCAACAGAGGAGGAAGCCGACAAGAAAGUUAAACUUGAAGCGGAUACACCCAUGAACAAAUAUGAUGUAGACGAGGAAGAAAAGAUUUUGGAUGAGAAGCCUCAGUUUGAGGAGCCCAAGCGCCCUGCCCCAUCCCGUGGUAGAGGGGGGCGGCGUGGAAGAGGUGGUAGGCGUGGAAGGAGACGAAGCAGCGAGUCUGAUGAUGACAGGCUGGCAGUGCUCAGGGGUGAGGUCAAGGAAGAAAGAGAAGAUGGCAGUCUCCCUGACUCCACAGACACUGAAGCAGCGGAGCUUUUGAUGGCGCUCUCUGGCCAGGUCCCGCGCAAGCCAACCACACCAGCUCCUGACGUGGAAGACACAGCUGAUGUAACCUCUGAUGAUGAGGGACGCAGAAAAUUUGUCAACUCUGCAAUAGCUGAGCAUGACUACUUCAGCACAAGGCCUGAGGGUGAACCUCCGUGCCCUGAUUCUGAUUCCACAGACUCUGCUGAUGAUGAAGCCAUCAGGAUCACACAGGAAAUCUGGAUUGAUCACAACUACUGCCUGCCCUCCGCACAUCAGAACGUAAAGGAGCCUGAAGAACCCAAGCAUAAAUCAAAAGUCAGAAACAAGCGAGUCAUGGAAGCUAAGAUUGAUGCCACUAUUGAUGAAGUCAUUUCAUUAGCCCAUAAAAAAUCCAAACCUAAGAGAAAGUUGCCUGCCGCGGCAGAUAAACGCAAAGCAAAGGUGGGCAGGAAGCUGGCAGAUGUCACUAAUAAAAACAGGGUCAGUCGAGAGCUUGCCAACAUUCUGAUGGAUGUUGAGCCAAAGCCACGAGUGACCUUUACCCCUAGAUCAAUCCACGAAGAGAGACAAGUAUUUUUUGACAUCUAUCAUCAUGGAAUGGAUGAUGAAGAUAUUAAUUUUCUUAAAAAGACUUAUGACUCUCUGAUGCAGUCAGAUGACCCUAUGUUCUAUUGGCUAAAUGAUAUACUGUGGGUGGAUCAUCCUCAUACAAGGAUUCCUGAUCCACCAAAGAAAAAAAGACGCAUGGAUCACAAAACAGGAUGUGCUCGUACCGAGGGAUAUUACAAGAUUGCAUUGGAGGAGAAAAUGAAGUAUUUAAGCAACGCCAAGAACCUAGCACUGCAACAUCAGAAGGCCGCAGAGACAGAGAGACAAAUGGAGGAUGUCAAGAAAAAACAGCAGUCUUCAAGAGAGGUUAGAAGUGAAAACAGACGUCUUCAGGCAGCCAUUGCACUGUUCCAAGAAAAUCUGGAAGUCAGUGAUCUACUCAAGUUCAACCAACUAAAGUUUCGUAAGAAGCAGCUGAAAUUCGCCAAGUCAGGUAUUCAUGAUUGGGGUCUAUUUGCUCUUGAGCCCAUAGCAGCAGAUGAGAUGGUGAUUGAAUACGUAGGACAGGCCAUUCGGCAGCCAAUAGCUGACUUGAGAGAAAAACACUACGAGCAGACGGGUAUUGGAAGCUCCUACCUGUUUCGAGUAGACCAUGAAACUAUCAUUGAUGCCACCAAAUGCGGCAACCUUGCCAGGUUUAUAAACCACAGCUGCAAUCCUAACUGUUAUGCCAAAAUCAUCACUGUGGAUGGCCACAAGAAGAUUGUCAUCUACUCCAAGCGUGAUAUUGAUGUGAAUGAAGAGAUCACCUAUGAUUACAAGUUUCCAUUUGAAGAGGACAAGAUUCCUUGUCUGUGUGGAGCGCAGGGAUGUCGGGGUUACCUCAAUUAAAUCUUGUAACCUUCUCAUGAUUCUUCUACUACAAGUCAAGGCUCAAGCCAUGGGACUUGGAAGAUUUUUUUAAAAAGUGACUACUGUGAUGACUUUUGGAAUUAUUUCUGUUGCUAGCCAAAAAAGAAACAAAACUAAGCAGUGAUUGUGUAGCUUAGACUCACAGAUAUGAGGAGAUCACUGCAACCAAAAACAUUGCUUUCUCACUAGUACAUAUUCGUAACUUAUUUAUGACUCUUGACCUGUUAGAUGCUCCGAUGGAUGCCAGGAAAGAUAACUUAUACAAGUGCAUCUGUUGAAUGGAGUUUGACCUGUUAGAUGCUCCGAUGGAUGCCAGGAAAGAUAACUUAUACAAGUGUAUCUGUUGAAUGGAGUUUUGUUUAUGUCAUUGUGGCUAGAGAAAAGGUUGACAUGUUAAACAAAUGAAAGACAUUUUUUUCUUCUAUGGAACUGGUUAUCUUGAGAUACUGAGCAGAUAUGAUUGAGUGCUUCAAUGAAAGUGGAUAUCUUUAGAUACUGAGUGGAGAUGGUGUGAGUGUAUUCUGACUGCUCCUUGUUGACAGUAUAGCACUUUUUAGUUAGGUUUAGCAGCAUGUGUUGUCAUUUCCUUUGUAUAUUUAUUUAAAAAAACAACUAAAAACGUAGUGCUAAGCCGUCCUCUCCAAAUGUUUAUAGGUGUGUGUAUAUAAAUAGAAUGGAAUAGUAGUUGAGUUGUCUUUGUAGUUCUGACAAGUCUAGAUAUUGUGUGGUACAAAUAUUUUUAGUAUAGCAUUGAUAGCUCAUAGGAACACUGCUAUAUAACUUCUUGGGUAAUACUGAUGGCCUGUAUAGACACUUUAUGGUGUGCCAACUUUAUCCAUGGCUGUUUUGUACAUGAAGAAUGGUUUAUCUAUUACAUUUUUGAUGCCUCAACAUAAGACUUAGGUUCUAGUUCUGAGAACUUUGCUGGAGCUUGUUGCAUAAAUGUGUAUUUUGUAUAUAUAUUCAAUGCUUUGUUAAUGAUAGUGCAGUUUGUCUGUCUGUUGAGACUGUCCAACAAUUUCUUGCUUCCAUUCUGUAACAAGAUCAUGUUGCACAUCUACUUUAUUAGUUAUUGGAAUAGAUUGGCUCGGUAUACAUUUUUUAAAAAUACCAUCAUACAACUAACUAUGUACAAUCAUUUGAGAUAUGGUGUUUUUUUUUUUUUGGUGAUGUGUCUAAUCCUCACUGUCAUUUACAAAGGAUGUUUUACAGACAAUUAAGUACUGUGUAAAAGUGUGUAAACAUUGGUUUUUUUUUAGCAUAAAGUUGUGUACAUUAAAUGAUUUUAUUGGUCCUACAUUCCCCAAUGAAAUAGAUCUUGUCAACUCAAUUCUGCCUCAAAGAAAUACCCAGUUUUUCCUUUCAGACUCAUGAAAUGUUAUAACUAAACAAUUUGGGAAUAAAUAAUUAAUCGCGAUGUUAUUGUGGUACAUGCAGCUGGGUAACAUUGUUCUGGGUUUACACUGUCACUCUUUCACUUGCUCGAUAAGUCUUUGAAAAAUUUUUUUUUACUACAGACUGAAUGUGAUUGACAUUAUAAGUGAAAGAAAAACAACAAUUUAAAAAAAAUGAAUUGAUAGAUUUGAUUCAAUUUUUCCAUGCUUUAUACUUUAAAAAAACAACAACAGAACUUUUAAAUUGUAUUUCCUGUGAGUGUUAAAUUUGUUAGGUGACAAUAUAUUUAGUAUUCAACUCUUGUUCCUGCUACCAUAUUUUGUAUCCCUAGCUCAAGCAGUUGUAAGAGACAUUGAAAUCUUAACUUUCUCACAAAUCUAUCAGUGAUAUUUCUUUUUAGCAAUGUCUGUUUCUCUCGAUCUAAGAUCCAGUGCUAUUUCCUUUAUAGCAAUGUUUAGAAAUCUACCUAUAGGGCUUGAAAGAAAUAUUAAUUGCUCUCAUAAAGUCUCUGAUGCAUGUCAGCAGUGCUGUUUCGUAUCAGCAUUAUAAAAUGCUCAAAACCUCCCUUUUAAAAGUUCUGGGUUUUCUAACCUGUUGAUUUGUAGUUUAGGCAAGUCUGUGAGAAUCAUAAAGAACAUGUUUCUUUUUCUGCAGUUUAGCCUGAGCCAUGUAAAAUAGGAACCAAGGUGACAGGGGUCUGUCUGGCACAUACUGUGUUAGGCCUGUUUCUAUAUAGAAAAGUGGAUCUCAUAAUUUUUUAGAAUCUUUUUAUUUUACCAUCCAAAAACAAGUCUAUCAGUGCUAUUUCUAUAGAUGCAUUUGUAUUACACAAUCUGAGAAACUUGAUCUGUGCUGAUUCUGAAUAGAAAUAGUAAUGGAAUGACUGACCGUUUGAUGUGAAUAUAUACUAAGUAUUGUAUUUUAUAAGCUACAGAUUUUUUCCUAGUGAAUGGAUUAUUUUUUAGCUAGAUGGUGUAAUGAAGAGGAACUUACCAAGUGGCUUACAUUCUAUCUAGGCAUAAUUAGAACUCAACGCUUUUAUUUCUUGUUAGUCUUGCCAUUCCUUAUUCUAUGUUGACUAAAUGAUAGACAAGCAUAACUUUUUCAAAUAUUAUUUAUUUCCUGACCUGUGUGAUAAUGUUCUGUUGUUUUUUUUAAAGAGGAUGUUAAAAAUUAAAUACUGAGUCAUGCAAACAUAUUGUUUAGAAAUUGUGUGAUAUGUAGAUCCAUUUUUUUUCUGAUAAAUUACAAGCUAAUUUGUCUUCUUUUUUUUUUUUUUUUUACAUAUUGAUUGAUUUACUUUAUGUUUGUACUUGUUUGCUAUUCUUACAUUUUAUUGUAAGUCUGGGUCAAUGAACUCUUUAGUUGAAUGAGAUAGAAAUGGUGAUGUAUGUGUGAGGUAUGAAAGAGUAGUGGUUCACAUUAUCUUCCAUCUUCUGCCAUGAUUGAACUGUUUGUAUAAAUUGUAUAGAUUUCAUUCAGAGAGUGGCUGUUCUCUGUGCUGCCAUUGUAAAAUCUCACAGAUUAUUCAAAUCAUUAAUUGUUAUCUGUACAUGAAAAGUCUGUUGUUGGCCAGGGACUUCUUUCAUUACCCCAAUAUCUGUCAAUCUUUUAUUACCCAACCAUCCUCUAUCAUUCUUCUGCUGGCAUUUACUUAUAUUUGCUGAAUUUUUGUGUUUGUUUCUGUCUAAACAAUUUAAGAUGACUAAAAAGAGAUUUUGUUUUCAGUAUUUCUAACCCAUUGUUGAAUAACUUGUUACAUGUGGAUUAUUAUUGAUAUCCCUUUAUAAAACCAUGUGUUUUUUUUUCUUGUCUUUUUUCAAAAGGUCAUGAAUUGUACAUAGUAUCACCAUCUCUCGAAUUCAUUGUGUAAGUAAGCAUUGAUCAUAUGUAGAUCUCUCUCACUGUAUAUUGUUCUCACAAUGUUGUCACUGUAUCAUAUUCUUACUGGCUGAUGUAAAUAGAUUGUGUACAGUUUUUUUGAAAUUAUUUCUAAUGAAAGAGAGAAAAUGUGGACACUAAAAUAUUGAUGGCAAUU